UUGCCUACACAGCCCUGAAUCAACCUCAACCUCCUCAAUCUCUGCUCUCUUUCUGUUCCAAAUGCCAUUAACCACAACCACAUCCACAGUAGAAGAAUAAGGAGAAGAAAGCAAACACACUGUAUCCACAGCAGAGGAAUAAGGAGACGAAAGCAAACACACUGUGAGCGAGAGAAAACAGUGAAAAGCAAUGGGAAUACCGGCGUUCUACAGAUGGCUGGUGGAAAGGUACCCUCGCGCGGCGGUGAGCGUCAUCGAAGACGAACUGCCCCUUUUGGAUACAACCGGCCCUAACCCUAACGGCUACGAAUUCGACAACCUCUACCUCGACAUGAACGGCAUCGUCCAUCCCUGCUUUCACCCCGAGGGCCUGCCUCCUCCCAAGAGCUACGACGACGUCUUCCGUGCCGUCUUCAACUACAUUGACCGCAUCUUCUCCAUUGUGCGGCCCCGCAAACUUCUCUUCCUCGCAAUCGAUGGUGUUGCACCCCGAGCUAAAAUGAAUCAACAACGGUCAAGGCGAUUUCGUGCUGCCAAGGAUGCAGCAGAUGAAGCCUCUUGGAGAGAGAGCAAAAUCGAAUCAGAAGGAGAAAAGUCAGCUUCUUUAGAGCAGUCUAAGAAGCUGGACUCAAAUGUAAACCCCGGAACUGAAUUCAUGGCAUUGUUGUCAUCAUCUCUCCAUUAUUAUAUACGGCUGAGGAUGAACAGAGAUGCUGGGUGGCAAGGAAUCAAGGUCAUUCUUUCUGAUGCCAAUGUACCUGGCGAGGGAGAGCAUAAGAUAAUGUCUUACAUUCGCUUACAAAGAAAUCUUCCAGGAUAUGAUCCAAACACUCGGCAUUGUCUGUACGGAUUGGAUGCUGAUCUUAUCAUGCUCGCACUGGCCACCCAUGAAAUCCAUUUCUCCAUUUUGAGAGAGGAUGUCCGUGGAGCAGGCCCAAACGAUAAAACUGUGAAGUGUGCAAAGGAUUCUUUACUGGUGAGUCAGCAAGGAGAAAGGGAAUAUCCUAAGCAAAUGGAAGUGGUUGACGAGAAUGUAGAAGAUUAUGUCUCAAGGCAGAAAUUUCAGUUUCUCAACAUCUGGGUUCUUAGGGAGUAUUUGGCAAUUGACAUGAAAGUCAAAGGCUUCAAAAAGAAGGCAAAACUAGAGUGCCUGGUUGAUGAUUUUGUCUUCAUGUGCCUUUUCAUUGGAAAUGACUUUCUACCCCACAUUCCUUCGCUGGAAAUAUCAGAGGGGGCUAUUGAUUUGCUCAUGAUGGUUUACAAAAAGGAAUUUGUUAAAAUGGGCGGCUACCUAACUAAUUCUUCUAAGGUAAAUUGGGAACGUGUGGAACACUUUGUGCAAGCCGUGGGAUCUCAUGAAUGUGCAAUUUUUAGAAGACGCACCCAGAUGGAAAAGGAAAGAGAACUGCGCUUUCGACGAUUUUCAAGAAAUAAGCUUAUCAGUUACUCAAGUAAGCCCAUGAGUCAAAAUCCACCAAAUUCCAGUGCUGCGGACAUUCAAACACAAAUGCACUGUAUAGACACUGGCCCAAAUGCUAAUGUGGACAAGAUUAAGCUUGGAGAAAAGGGUUGGAAGGAAAGGUUCUAUGCUGAAAAGUUUGAGGCUCAAACUGAAGAUGAGUGCGAGAGGAUACUGAGAAAUGCGGUUUCUAAAUAUAUUGAAGGGAUGUGUUGGGUUAUGCAUUAUUACUAUGAAGGAGUAUGCUCCUGGCAAUGGUUUUAUCCUUAUCAUUAUGCUCCAUUUGCUUCAGACUUCCAUGGUAUUGAUAAGUUAAACAUUGAAUUCACACUGGGGAAACCGUUGAAGCCCUUUGACCAGUUGUUGGGUGUGCUGCCUGCUGCGAGUGCACAUGCUCUUCCUUUGUUCUACAGGGAACUGAUGACAGAUAUGUCAUCUCCAUUACUCGAUUUUUACCCUACUGAUUUCAAGCUUGACAUGAAUGGAAAACGUUUCUCUUGGCAGGCCAUCUGCAAGUUACCAUUUAUUGAAGAGUCACGCCUUCUUUCGGAGAUUGCAAAAGUGGAGCACACACUGACGGAUGAAGAGAGACAAAGAAAUAGUUUUAGUGUGGAUGCACUAUUUGUCCACACAUCACAUCCUUUGGCGGUGGAGAUACUGGCCUUCUGCAAAAGAAAAGUGGGUCAUCCGAAGUUGCCUAAUGCUAAGGUCAAGCGGAAAAUUAAUCCGAAAUUCAGUGGUGGAAUGAAUGGGUAUAUGUACAUUUCUGAACAACCUGUGCAACCUGCGGAAAUACAUUCACCAAUUGAGGGCAUGGAGAUGAUUGCAAAUAAUGAUGUAUUAUCUGUUUUGUUCAGAUGCCCACCCUUCCAUUCUCACAUACCCAGGCUAUUAAAUGGAGUAAAAUUGCCUCUCAAGUCUGUCAGGAAGCUGGACAUUUUGCCUUCGCCCAUUCUGUGGCAUGAGAAGUCAGCUGUCCUUGGUCGAAUAUUUUCUGAAAGGUCCAUUCACAAGUCAAUCUCAGGCCAUCGUCUAGCAGAAUUAUCUCAUCAACUCCUGUCUAAAUGUUAUCAUCUAAAGAGCCAAAAGUCUGGGGGUUCCUUGCAACUGGGUGAACCCAUAGAUACACAUGGAUUGACAUCCCAUUUGAAUUUGGAACAAACUCUUCAUGUGGGAGAGACUGGAGGCAGUGAAAACCGCAUUGAUGGUGGCAUCCCAACAAACCAUUCAGGUGGAGAUGAAUUGGCGUGCCAUUUGAACUUGGAAGAAAUGGUUUGUAUGCACAGGACUGAAGGUUAUAAAAACUGCUUGGAUAGUAUGCCUGGCCUGGCAGAUAACUGUGUAGGUAAUGCUGGAUUGACAUGUUCAAAUUUAGAGGAAACGGUUGCAGUUUGCGAGGCUGGAAGUGAUAAAGUUUGCAUUAAUGCUAGAUCUAGAAAACGUAGACGAAAACGGAGCAAAGUGAGAAACACCUUGGAAAAUGAUGUGGGUGCAGAGAAAUCGGCCUGCCCUUUGAAUUUGGAACCGACAGCUGGCAUGGUACGGAUUGAAGCUGAUAACAUUUCUGGUUGUAAUGGAGUCCCAGAUACACAUGUUGGUGAGACAGGAGGACAUGGAUUGGCAUGUACUGAUGUAAUCCCAGAUAAGAACACUGUUGACAGAAAAUCACGGAAGCGGAAACGAAAACAGAAACAGGGUAAGGUUGUGAUUGUUCCAUAUAACAAUGUAGGUGCAGAGAAAUCGGCCUGCCCUUUGAAUUUGGAACCGACAGCUGGCAUGGUACGGAUUGAAGCUGAUAACAUUUCUGGUUGUAAUGGAGUCCCAGAUACACAUGUUGGUGAGACAGGAGGACAUGGAUUGGCAUGUACUCAUGUAAUCCCAGAUAAGAACACUGUUGACAGAAAAUCACGGAAGCGGAAACGAAAACAGAAACAAAAACAGAAACAGGGUAAGGUUGUGAUUGUUCCAUAUAACAAUGUAGGUGCAGAGAAAUCGGCCUGCCCUUUGUUUGAAGCUGAUAAAACUUCUGGUUGUAAUGUGGUCCCAGAUACACAUGUUGGUGAGACAGGAGCACAUGGAUUGGCAUGUACUGAUGUAAUCCCAGAUAAGAACACUGUUGGUAAUGUUGUCCCAAAUGACCAUGUUCGGGAGAUUGGAGCAAUUGAAUUGGCAUCUGCUAAUGGAGUCCCGGAUAAAAGCAGCGUUGAUGGUAAAUCUAGGAAAUGGAAACAAAGAAAAGUAAGAUGUGCUCUGAACGACGAUGUAGGUGCAGAGGGAUUGGCAUGCGCCUCAAAUUUGGGGAUUGCAGUUACUGAGGUGGGAUCUAGAGCUGAUAACAAUUGUGCUCAUGGUGGUGUCCUGGAACACCAUGUUGGUGAGGCUGGAGCAAAUGGAUUGUCAUGUGGUUGUGGAGUCCCAGAUAAAGGCUGUGUUGAUUGAAAAACUAGGAGAUAGAUGGAAACGGGGCAAGGUUAUUCUAUUGUGAAAAACCAGCCAUGUAGGUGCGCAGAUGGUUGGGCAUGCCCCUGGCCAACAAUUUGCAAGUUUAAAGGACAGAAGCUAAUAAAAGUUGAGUUGACAAUGAGUCAGAGAGGUGACGGUAAAAUACAUUGAUGAGAUUUCUAGGGUAGCUCCAGUAAUAGAGAACCAAAAAAUAGAGUGGGACAGAAGUCAGAAACUUCCAAAUAAUGGAGUCUCAGAUAGCAAUGGCCGGAAAUGGAGAACUGGCAAUGUGGGAAGAGACGGAGGCUCUGGUUCUUGGAGAAAACGUUGUGUGGAGGUGUGGAAGAGCUAUCAGGGUGCCAAGAUUUUGCAAUUAAAUUAAAUUGUAGAAGAUACAAAUCAAACACUUGGUCGCGUGGCUUUAGGAGUAACAUUCUUAUGAAUAUUUUAUAGAUAUAAAUCAUUGAUUUGGUUCACAUUUAAAUGUUAUCUAAGAAUAAUGUAAUGUCUAGAUUGUUUUUGCAGAUAAGAUGAGUUGAGAUUAAAGUUAAAAA